AUGUCCAGCGGUCUUUCCCGCGGAGUACAUCAUUCACCAGCUGGAAAGCCUGAGGCCUUCCUCCCGGCUGAAGAUUGCCGAGUCUACAGAGCACUCCGUCGUGGAGGGACAUUGUCACUGGGUGAUACAGUUUUCGGACUACCGCCCAUCGUACUCUGUCAUGGCGCAUUGGCGAAGGAAAUCAACAAGGCUGUUGGAAUGUUGUCUUCCUUGAAGACGGAAUGGCGCGUGAGACAGUCUUGCUUGGGGAGGCUUGCAAGGAUUGUUCUCGGCUGGGAUGAGAGGGAACCAGUAGCCGAGGAUCUCGCGAGGUUCGACCGCGAUCUAGCAGGCCCACUCGCAGUCCAAGUACGCGAUGACCGCUCGGCCAUUGUCAAGCAGGCCAGCAUGCUAUGCAUCGCCUUGGGCGCCUCGACUUAUGGUGAGGUCCUCAGUGGUUAUGAAGAUGCUUUAUGGCAAUCAAUGGAUACAGCCCAGCAGAAGACUGCCGAGGACCUCCUAGCCAGUGGCGCCAGUGCUCUCUUCGAUGAGGAACACGAGCACUGCAGACAUAGCAUCACCGAGGCCCGUGUCUCGAGGAGAAGCCCUCAGGAUUCCCUCGAGGCCGACCCUGGUGACUCCCUCGUGCUUGCGUCCUUGGCUGACUUUUUGCAGCGUCGGAAGUGCUGUGCUGAGGACGUCAUCGCAGUGUUCGAUCGUCUCUUGGUCGUGCUGGCGGCCGCAGAACUGAGGAACCCAGUCGAAGAGCAACGUUUGAUAAAAUCUCUUGUGGAGAUACUAGCUGGGCAUGACGAUGCACAACACCCUGCCUUACUGGAGUGCUUUCCUCCUGCCUUGGUCUCUGAGCAAUCGGGUCACUACCGUCCGGACGUCACUCAGAAAGGGAGCCCCAUAGACAUCUUGUUGGAGUGUGAUGGUACCAAUGAGGAGGAUCAGGAGCAGGUCUAG